CAACAACGAAAGUUUAUAAUAUAACUGAUAGUAAACCAAAGGAAGAUCGAGAUACUCACGAGUAGCUGGACGCUGAUACUUCAUUUUGCCAAGCACACCCAGAAUGGGUAAUGGGUACCAAAAACGCCUCAAAAAAUGAAGAAAUUAUGGCAACAGCUGAGUCAAAGGCUCACUGGUGGAGCGCCAAGUUCCAAGCCGAUGACCGAAUAUGAAGAAAAGGCGUUAUUCACAUUUGGUUCGGCUGCUGUGGACGGUGUAAAAGAUGUGCAAAGCCUUGGUUUAACGCCAAUAGAGCCUUUGACCGUUGAAAUCGCAUGGUCAACAAUUGCAUCAUUCUGCAAUUAUGCAGUCCCGUACCAACAACCCCAAAUCUCAAACAAACAGCAAGUUCAUCGACUCAUCUACACACCCAUUGCUUUGCUUGAGAAACCAGGAUGCUUCAACAUCGCUGUUAUCACGAAGUUCACGUAAUAAACUUAGCACUUUGAUAACUGAUAUAUCCAAACAGA